GUCAAAUUCAGCGAUCUGGCGGUGAAAUCGCAAGUCUGAGGUUAAAGAAAGAGAUGAAGUGAUAGAUUGAAGAAGCGAUAAGAUGCGGAGAGUUUCAAUAUCCAUCAAUGUAUCGAGAUGGAAUAUGAUCGCUCUUCCAGACUGUCAGCACACAGGAUUGAGACCCGACGAUAUCUAGCUACAUGAAAUGGCAGUCUCGCUGCACCCAGCUAGCUGUCCGACGAUCUCACCUGCGUCAAAUCCAUUUGGAUUCAGUGCGGCGCAGGCACUUCAACUUACCAACGGGGAACCAACGGAAAGUGGACGAAAUGGUACAACUACAACGUUACUCGGGCCGAACACGAUUCAAGCAGGUCAAUAUCUCUCAGCAUGGGACGCCCUUCUUCUGGAAAGAGUAGAGACCGAUCUAUCUGGCUUUGCCACAAGUAAGACAGACAGGAUCUCCAUUUCAACUGCAUGAAGGGGGGCAGAGUCGUCCACAAUACCAAUUCCGUGGUAGAUGCUGGAUCUCGUACGAGCCCUCGAGUGAACGCAUGCUCCGGCCCUCGAUUCAUGCUCCCUGCAACGCAAAUCAGGAUGCAAGGCUACCAAGUCCAGGCCGUGUUCAUCGUUCCAGCACUGAGGUUCAGAUACCGAGGAGCAUGGCGACAACUACGAACUUUCUUAUUGGAUGUUUUAUGGAGCUCGAUUUGCGAUAACAUUUGACACGCGACCACCGGAUCUGGGACUGGCAGCGGUAACAACAUCCUGAAGAUCCAUUGCUAUCUUACAACACUACCUUUCGGAAUCUGAUGAAGACAAUUCCGAACACGGCGCGAUGGAGGCGAUUCGUUAUUCAAUUAACAAAUCUCUUGCGAUAACAAUUGACUUCCAGAUAAGCUCUGAUCGCCGUCGCGAUCUCUCCUCUCCAAUCGUUCGGGAUUGCAAAUUCUAGCGCUGUAAUUGCGAAUGCCGACCUAGAGUAGUGAGUGGCGUGCGCUAUGGAAGCUUCGAAUGUUCCAAGAGAAAGUAUCGAGGUGCCUGGGCGCACAGAACUCAUGGCCACCCAGACGGGAGGUUUUGCGCCACGCCAGGUCAAGCUUUGCACGGUUCACGCCAGUCCAAAGCCAAGAUAUUGCCGAAGCAAAGAGAGAGUACAUCGUGACAUGAAAUUGAUCAUUUCACAAAUUUUUGAUACUAAUCGAGUUUCUGGAUGUUCUGUCCUGCAACUCCUUCUGGUCGAUCCAUGACUUCUCGCAUUUCAAUUCAUCCACCAACCUGCUUUUCCUCCAAUCGCCAGCCCCGGCGUCCAUUCCAUGUGCAGUGGCUGAUCUGAGGUUAAAUGGUUUCCAGAUUGAGUUUGCUUUCUCAUUCGUAUUUCGGUCUUAUCUUCGUGCACACGGUCCACCUUCGAUACCGACCUUCUUAUUUGGGACGGAAGUCCGCAUGGUUGGAACCGUUGCGCAAUCCCCUCUUUCAACCGCUGAUACCACUCUGCGAUGGCCCUCUCAAUCUAUCAGAAGUCGGGAUCACAAGUCCGGGCAGGACGGACGAGGAUUGAGAUAAGAUCUGCAGGAAAAGUCGAAAGGAGCAAGUUCUUCUCAUCACUUGGACCACGCAGGUAUUGGUGGCGAGACGUAUGCCAGCGCUCCUGUGUUCUGUACGAGGUAUGAUAUGCUGAAAAAAGAGCAGAUGAAGCAAGGGAUCAGCUGGGACCGGCGAGAUGAAAGCUCGAACGGCGCAGAAAGUGGGUAUAUCCUCAGUCUUCCAGAAUGCAGCCCGAGCUUCUCUUGCAUGUCCUUCCCUACCUUCCUAAUACUAUCGACCACCUUCCCCGGAUAGCUGUCAGCUAGGGGGAGGCCUGUCCUUGCGCAUUAUCGCCAUCAAAAGGCGUGCGAUAGGGAAAAAGCAUAUCAUCCACCUCAGUACAUUGCAGCAAUCCACUGUGGAGGGUGUAGGAAGGCAUGGGCACAUGGGGAUUUGGAUAAACAUCCUAUAAAGAGGCCCUCGCCAAGGUGCCAACGAAUUUCCAAGUCCUGGCUGUAUCUUAGCAUUGCUUCUAAUCCCCAAGACGAUCUGCUCUGUAGUGGCAUUGCUUGCCCCAAGACUUCGCCAUGAACGCCGACCAGAUUAUGCUCGGCGGGGUCAACUCGAUUGAGGGAAAAGUCUCGACGCUUCCCAGCCACGAUGCCAUCAACCAGAAGAUUCGCACCUCGGUUGCGGUUGAAAAGGGAGGAAUUGAGGGCGAGAUCAAACAAAUUUCCCCAGAAGACCUCUCCGACACUGGCAAGGAGAGCGAUACUGAUGACGAUGCUAUCAUUAUCACUGGAGAGGAUGCCGCAAGAUACUUGCUCCCGAUGCGCGAUGAUUUCGAGCCCGCCUUAACUUUCCGUGCCAUGUUCUUGGCUACGCUCUUGUGUGGAUUCCAGGCUGUCAUGUAUCAGAUCUACUCGUGGAAACCAACUAUGAUCACCAUUCAAGGUACAUUCAUUGUGCUCAUCGCCUAUUUCGUCGGUAGAUUAUGGGCCAAAUUCCUUCCUCGUGGUGAUAAAUUCGAGAACAGAUGGAGGGCAAAGGGCGGUGUUGGCAAGGUUCCCACAUGGAUCUCAGUCAUGUCAUUCUUCAAUCAUGGAGAGUGGAACUUGAAGGAGCAUACCAUUUGUGCCAUCACUGCCACUUCUGCAUCUCAGGCUGCCCCUAGCAUCCAGGUUUUUGCGGCUCAAGAUCUCUUCUAUGACAUGAAGUUGGAUGCCACCACCGUCAUUCUCAGCACAUUGUCCAUUGGCCUGUUCGGUUAUGGUCUUGCGGGUGUCAUGCGACCAAUCUGCGUUUGGCAUGUCGAUGCCGUCUACUGGAGUACGCUUCCUACAGUGAAGACUCUUCAAGGUCUUCACUGGCAAGAGAUCAAGUCAUCGAAGCCUAUCAGAUACUUUUGGUAUGCUUUCGGAACUAUGUUCGCCUACGAAUUUUUCCCAGCAUACAUCUUCCCAUGGCUCAACUCUGUUUCCAUUCCUUGCUUGGCAUCAAUGAAGGCAACUGGAACCACGGGAGACACCCUCAGAAACCUCUUUGGUGGUGCCAGCAACAACGAGGGACUUGGACUUUUCAGCUUGUCAUUCGAUUGGCAAUACAUCACCUCUUUCAAUACCUCGCUUCCACUCAAGCUUCAGAUGAAUGCCGCUAUCGGAUACGGUGUCUGCUUCAUUGCCAUGCUGGCAAUCUACUACGGUAAUGCUUUUGGUUCCAAGAAGCUUCCGUUCAUGUCGACUCGACUUCUCACUCAAGAGGGAAAGACUUAUCCUACCGCAAAGGUUUUUGUUGGAGGUGUUCUUGAUAAGGAGGCUUUGGCUACCUAUGGUAUCCCAAGAUUGACGGGAACUUUCGCUUAUGCUAUGUUCAUGGCUAAUGCUGCUAUUGGCGCCAUGAUUGCCCAUGUUGUUCUCUUCUGGGGUGGUGAUAUCAAGCACGCUAUCGUAACCUCAAGAGGUGGGACCUACGGAGACCGUCACCAUCAACACAUGGCCAAGCACUACAAGGAGACUCCAUGGUAUUGGUAUGUCGCUUUGCUCGUGUUCAGCUUUGUUCUCGGACUCGUCGUCGUCAUCAAAGAGAACAUCACUCUUCCAGCUUGGGCCUAUAUCGUUUCCCUCUGCAUUGGAAGUUUCAUCGCUCCUUUUAGUUGCUUGAUCUACUCCCGUUACGGAAACGGUAUCGCUACCAACAACUUGUCCAAAUUGAUCGCUGGUCUUAUGCUUCCCGAGCGUCCUGUUGGCAACAUGUACUUUGCCGCCUGGUCUCACAACGUCAUUGGUUCCGCUGUCCAACUCUGCAAUGAUCUGAAACAGGGCGAAUACUUGAAGAUCCCACCUCGUAUCAUGUUUUUGACUCAGAUCUAUGGAACCAUCGUUGGUGGUUUCAUCAACUAUGCCGUCAUGAUCUCCAUUGUUGCUGGAAACCGUGAUCUGUUGAGAGAUACUGAUGGAGACUCUUCCUGGUCUGGAGCGACCAUUCAAUCGUAUAACACUAAUGCCACUUCCUGGGCUUUGGCCAAGUAUCUGUACAAGACUGGUGCCACCUACGCUAUUGUACCAUACGGUCUUCUCAUUGGUGCUGGAAUCGUGGCCGUUCACCGAGUUGUCGUCUACUUCAAACCCAAAAUCGGCCGCUUCAGCAUUGGCGAAAUCAACUUCCCCCAAUUCAUCCAAUACGCCGGCUACAUACCAUACAACGCUUCCCAGACCUGCGUCAUCUUCUCUCAGAUCCUCGCCGGCUUCUUCGUCCAAUUCUACCUGCGCAACUACCGCCCGCGCAUCUUCAAGGACUACUCGUACCUUGUCACCGGCGCUUGGGACGGGGCAUCUCUCACUGUGCUUUUUAUUCUGAGUUUCGCGGUCUUUGGUGCGGGUGGCAAGGCGAUUCCGUUCCCAAGUUGGUGGGGCAAUAAUGUUAAUGGGAAUUAUGACUUCUGUCCUGUUAAGGGAGGUUAGAUUAUAAGUGUGUAUUUGAUGGAAGUUUUGAUGAUACCCUUGGGAGGAGGGGAAACUAGAUCUCUGUUUGUUCGCGGGCAACUACUUAGUGUGUCAAGCAACUGCCAAUAAACUCGUGGGUAUUCCUAUUACCUUAUUUUCUCUGCAGGCGAUGUUCCUUGGGUCAAGUAUGUGAGGCCUUACAUGUUGUAAUUGCCGUGAGAUCGAAGCCUUACCACCCUCCGGCACAGCUGUACCUGUAGGUGGAACAAGCAAGCUUAACGUGGACAUGUAGCAAAUAGCAGCAUAUAGUUCAGGGGACCAGUCUUUUCUUUCCUUUUUC